AUGAAUAAUCAAACUGAAUCUCCAUCUAAUACAUCACCUAUGAAAAAUACAACAUCAACAUCAACAUUAUUAUCUAGCCCAAAUCAACGACAUCAUCAUCACAAUUAUACACGUUCUCCGAAUAGUUUAACUGAUUUUCAAAUUAUAGCUGAUCGAGCAAAUCGUGACUAUCAAAAUGGAAAUUAUGAACGAGCUGAACAAUAUUGUCUUCAAUUAUAUCAACAAGAACCGGAUAAUACAAGUUUAUUAUUAUUACUUAGUUCAAUUUAUUUUCAAAUGCGUCGUUAUGAUCAAUCAAUGCAAUAUAGUCUUUUAGCUACAAAACUUGAUCCACAUCUAGCCGAAGCUCAUUCAAAUUUAGCUAAUGCAUAUAAAGAAAAAGGUUUUCUAAAUUUAGCUCUUGAUCAUUAUGUUAAAGCAUUACAAUUAAAACCCGAUUUUAUUGAUGGAUAUAUUAAUUAUGCGGCUGCUCUUAUUGCAAAUUCAGAUAUGGAAGGUGCUGUUAGUGCUUAUUUAAGAGCAUUACAAUAUAAUCCAAAUUUAUAUGGUGUUAGAAAUGACUUAGGAAAUUUAUUAAAAGCUCUUGGUUAUAUAGAAGAAGCAAAAGAAUGUUAUUUAAAAGUGAUUAAAACUCAACCAACAUUUGCUGUCGCAUGGAGUAACUUGGGUUGUAUAUUUAAUUGUCAAGGCGAAAUUUGGUUAGCUAUUCAUCAUUUUGAAAAGGCAGUUGCUCUAGAUCCGAAUUUUCUCGAUGGAUAUAUUAAUUUGGGCAAUGUUCUAAAAGAAGCACGAAUAUUUGAUCGCGCUGUGACAGCUUAUUUACGUGCUUUACAUCUUUCACCGAAUCAUCCAAUUGUUCAUGGUAACCUUGCUUGUGCUUAUUAUGAACAAGGUCUAAUUGAUUUAGCCAUUGAAACUUACCGUCGUGCUAUUCAAUUGCAAUCAAAUUUUCCAGAUGCCUAUUGUAAUUUAGCAAAUGCAUUGAAAGUACAAGGCAAGGUCUCUGAAGCUGAAGAAUGUUAUAAAACAGCACUUAGUCAAUGUCCAACACAUGCUGAUUCUCUUAAUAAUUUAGCAAAUAUUCGUCGUGAACAAGGUCAAAUAGAUGAAGCAAUUAAUUUAUAUAAACGUGCAUUAGAUAUUUUACCAAGUUUUGCUGCUGCACAUUCAAAUUUAGCAUCAGUUUUACAACAACAAGGUCGUCUACAUGAUGCAUUAAAUCAUUAUAAAGAAGCUAUACGUAUUCAACCAAUGUUUGCUGAUGCACAUUCAAAUCUUGGUAAUACAUUAAAAGAAAUUGGUGAUAUACCAGGUGCAUUACAAUGUUAUACACGUGCUAUACAAAUAAAUCCAUCAUUUGCUGAUGCACAUUCAAAUUUAGCUUCAAUACAUAAAGAUACUGGAAAUAUUAUUGAUGCUAUACAAGCAUAUAAAACAGCUUUAAAAUUAAAACCAGAUUUUCCCGAUGCUUUUUGUAAUUUAGCUCAUUGUUUACAAAUUAUUUGUGAUUGGAAUGAUUAUGAUAGUCGUUUAAAUAAAAUAUGUUCAAUUAUACAAGAACAACUUGAGAAAAAUCGUUUACCAAGUGUACAUCCACAUCAUAGUAUGCUUUAUCCAUUAACUGGUGAACAACGACGAAAUAUUGCUACACGACAUGCUCUUUUAUGUCUUGAACGAAUUCAACUAUUACAUAAAAAAUUAUUUAGUUAUUCACAAGAUUUAAGUACAACAAAUGGUCGUUUACGUAUAGGUUAUGUUAGUUCAGAUUUUUGUAAUCAUCCAACAGCACAUUUAAUGCAAAGUAUACCUGGUUUACAUAAUCGUGAACGUGUAGAAAUUUUUUGUUAUUCAUUAAGUGCCGAUGAUGGCACUACAUUUCGAGCAAAAAUUGAACGUGAAGCAGAACAUUUUAUUGAUUUAUCAUUAAUUACAUGUAAUGGACAAGCGGCCGAUCGUAUUCAUUCGGAUGGAAUUCAUAUAUUAGUUAAUCUCAAUGGUUAUACACGUGGUGCACGUAAUGAAGUUUUUGCCCUUCGUCCAGCACCAAUACAAGUUAUGUGGCUUGGUUAUCCAAAUACAUCCGGUGCACCAUUUAUGGAUUAUUUAAUAACAGAUGAAAUAACAUCUCCAUUAUCAUUAUCAUCUCAAUAUUCUGAAAAACUUGCAUAUAUGCCAUAUACAUUUUUUAUUGGUGAUCAUGCAAAUAUGUUUCGUCAUAUGACUGAAAAAGCAGUUAUUGUUGAAAGUCAACAAGAUAAUAACAGUAAUAUAAUGACAACAGUUGAUAAUCGAUCAAUUGUUAAUGCUACAAAUUUAAAACCAAUACUUGAACGCAGUGAUGUUAAGACAAUAACAGUUAAAGUAUUAGCUACCGAUGAUGAAGAUAAUGGUGAAACAAAUGCUAAAAAAUGUAAAGAAGAAGUAAUUACAUCAUUAGUUGAAUUACCACAGGCAACUGUUGUCCAUCAAUUAUUACAACAAGGACAUAAUGAAGUUAGUAUAAAUGGUAUAGUUGCACAAAACGGUACAACAACAUUACAGACAAGUUGUCGUGCAGCAACAGGUGAAGAAGUUCCUCAAACAGUUUUAUUAACAACACGUACACAAUAUGGUUUACCAGAAAAUGCUGUUGUUUAUUGUAAUUUUAAUCAAUUAUAUAAAAUUGAUCCAACCACAAUGCGUUGUUGGUGUAAUAUAUUAAAACGUGUAGCAAAUAGUGUACUUUGGCUUCUUCGGUUUCCAUCAGCGGGUGAAGAAAAUUUAAUACAAACAGCAAAAUUAUAUGGAAUCGAUUCAUCAAGAUUAAUUUUUUCAAAUGUUGCACCAAAAGAAGAACAUGUUCGACGUGGACAAUUAGCUGAUGUUUGUCUUGAUACACCUUUAUGUAAUGGUCAUACAACUGGCAUGGAUGUUCUUUGGGCAGGUACACCAAUGGUGUCACUUCCAUUUGAAACAUUAGCAUCGCGUGUUGGUGCAUCAUUAUUACAUACUCUUGGUUGUCCUGAAUUAGUUGCUGAAACAUAUGAUGAUUAUGAAAAUAUAGCUGUACGUCUAGGUAAUGAUCCGGUUUAUUUAAAAUCAAUUCGUGCUAAAGUUUGGUCACGUCGUUUAACAAGUCCAUUAUUUAAUACAGCAUUAUAUACACAACAUUUAGAAGAACUUUUUAUUAAAAUGUGGCAUAGAUAUAAAAAUAAUUUAUUACCUGAUCAUAUUAGAUCAAUAACAAGAACAACAACAACAACAAAUUAA